CUGAAUUAUUCUGGCAACUACAGCUGCCAGUGUUUUUUUUUCUGUAAAAAUGACAUUUUUUACAGUGUACUUUAUUAAAUUAAUUGAACAGGAUUUUUAUUUUCAUAGAAAAAUCAAGGUAAGUAGAGCAGUUAAUUCUCUUUAUUUCCUGUCUGAGUCUGAUUGUUGAUCACAUCAUGCUUCAAACUGAUGUGAGCAUGACCCCUCCCCCGGUCACUUUCAUGCACCAUACAAAAAGCCCUCAUGAGCCGAGCCAGUCAAUCAGAGGGCACAGGCGGUCUGAGGAGGAAAGUCAACCGGCAGAGUCAGCGAACACUGUGACAAGAUUGGAAAAAAGAAAGGACCAACAGAUAAAGAUAAAGAUUUGAUGAGUUUCACUCCAGACUGAGUACAGUACAGGCAGCUUAGGACACACACUGAAUCACAGACAGCUCAUCCUAAUACAGAUAUGACUGCAUGCAUCUUCUUACGGGGAGCAAAAAUUGACAGAGAAUUGGCAGAUGAUGAAAUUGAAGAGCUGAGAGAGGCAUUUAAUGAAUUUGAUAAAGAUAAAGAUGGCCUAAUUAGCUGUAAGGACCUGGGAAACCUGAUGAGGACGAUGGGCUAUAUGCCAACCGAGAUGGAGCUGAUCGAGUUGGGCCAGAACAUCAACAUGAAUUUGGGAGGGAGGGUAGACUUUGAAGACUUUGUGGAGUUAAUGGCCCCAAAGCUUUUGGCAGAAACAGCAGGCAUGAUUGGUGUGAAGGAACUGCGAGAUGCUUUCAAAGAGUUCGAUAUGGACGGCGAUGGCUCGAUCACUACUGAGGAACUGAGAUGUGCUAUGAGUAAAUUACUGGGAGAACACAUGAACCACAGAGAGAUUGACGCUGUCGUCCAAGAGGCGGACAAUAAUGGUGAUGGUACAGUAGAUUUUGAAGAGUUUGUGAAGAUGUUGUCAAGCUGCUGAGAACAUCGUCUUAUUCUGGAUGCUGCAGAUACAUAAAACAUACAUAAAGACAGCAUAUGCAUGGACGUAAAUAUAACAGCAAUGUACAGAAAGGUUUUUUCCCCCAUAAACUAUGCAAAAAUCUCAAGCUUUCAAUGCAAUACUAAGUUAUUGAUCUUAAAACUGGAUGCACAAUAUGUCUCUAAUAUCAUCUUUACAUUAUUUUUAGAAGAUAUUUCCUCAAUAAAAUACAA